UCUUCUCCCCAGAUGGCGCAUUCAAGCGUUGUGAUCGCAAAUGGUCUUGAUUCCUAUCGCCUUUCAUGUAGGAUGAUAGAAGUUGAGGUCGAAGCAUUAUUUCACUAACUAGUUCUAAGAGAAGAGAGAAUCGAUUAAAUUCUUAUUUGGGCUCGUCAUACCCGAAUUAUAAUAAGAAGCAAGAAGUUACUUUUGUAUAUUCAUAUUUUCGUUUAAGCAAUUAAUUGUUCUACAACAAUGACCCGUCCAUUUCUCUUUGGGGGAUCUUCAUCCUCUCAGUCUCAAAACAAAUACUUGGUAGAAUUCCGGGCUGGAAAAAUGAGUAUGAAGAAUAUGAUUGUUAGUGCAGACAAAAGAAAAGGGCUUGUUUAUGUUUAUCAGGCUGAUGAUUCUCUAAUGCAUUUCUGUUGGAAAGAUCGUACUACUGGAGUUGUUGAAGAUGAUCUUAUUAUUUUUCCUGAUGAUGUUGUCUUCAAAAAAGUGCCAGAGUGCACCACAGGAAGAGUCUAUGUGCUAAAAUUUAAAUCAUCCUCUAGAAGAUGCUUUUAUUGGUUGCAGGAACCUAAAACUGAUCGUGAUAAUGAGUUUUGCUGUAAAGUAAACCAAUAUUUGAACAAUCCUCCUGCUGGUGGAUCCUCUCGCAGUGGAACUGGAGGAUCUCUUGGUGGAUCAUCAACUCCUUCUCAGAGCGGUGGAGGUUUACAAUCAGAGUUAAGCUCUUUAGGUGAUGGGGAUUUACAAAGUUUAUUGAACAAUAUGAGUCAACAGCAACUAAUACAACUUCUCGGAGGAGUUGGAGGAAUAAAUCAAAUGCCUAGUUUGAGCAGCCUUUUGAGUGGAAGUCGACCAUCUAGUGGUCAGUCGGCUACUGGUAGCUCAAGUGGUUUAUCCAGUUCAGAGUCUUCACAUAAUGUUACUGAGACUGUUACUGCCCCCAGCACUAGAGCCACUACUCAGAGUGCUGUGACAACAACUCCGUCACCAGCUACUACAACUUCAACUACUACAGCCUCUGCUUCUUCGAUUCAGUUGAGUGAUCUUCAAAACAUAUUAUCUGGCAUUAAUUUACCUGCCACUGCAUCUGAAAGUGCUCCAAAGCCAUCAGUUGAUCUCUCAUCUGCCAUUACUGCAGAGGCUUUGCAACCUCUCUUUAAUAAUCAAGAAUUGAUGGAUAGAGUUAGAAGUUUUUUGCCACCAUCAUCAGAUGUUCCACCUGUGCCAAGUGAUCAACUGAGGUCCACUGUGCAAUCACCUCAGUUUCAACAAGCUCUUGGAAUGUUCAGUGCUGCUUUACAGUCUGGCCAACUAGGUCCCUUAAUGCAACAAUUUGGUAUGACUACUGAAGUUGUUGCUGCGGCUAACUCGGGUGAUAUGGAAGCUUUUGUUAAAGCUCUUCAAAACUCUAAAAAUAGUUCUUCAGGGAGUUCUAGUGACAAGAAGGAUCAAGAUAAAGAUGAAGAUAUGGCAUUAGAUUAAAGGAAGAAAAAAGUUAUUGCUGAACUAUCCUGUAUUCUGAAACCUUUUGUUUGACAAUAAAGUUUCUGUAUUAAUUUA